CCUAUGCAGACUGAUGACCAGACAAACAAGGAGCAGUUUGUGCCAGGUCCAAAUGAGAAGCCUCUGUACACCGCAGAGCCCGUGACUCUGGAGGACCUGCAGUUGCUUGCUGAUCUCUUCUAUCUUCCCUAUGAGCACAGACCCAAAGGAGCACAGAUGUUACAGGAAUUUCAGUGGCUUCGUGCCAACAGUAGUGUGGUCAGUGUCAACUGCAAAGGCAAAGACUCUGAAAAAAUUGAAGAGUGGCGGUCCCGAGCAGCCAAGUUUGAAGAGAUGUGUGCGCUGGUGAUGGGGAUGUUCACUUGGCUCUCCAAUUGUGCCAACAGGACAAUCCUUUAUGACAUGUACUCCUAUGUGUGGGAUAUCAAGAGUAUAAUGUCUAUGGUGAAGUCUUUUGUACAGUGGUUAGGGUGUCGUAGUCAUUCUUCAGCACAGUUCUUAAUUGGAGACCAAGAACCCUGGGCCUUUAGAGGUGGUCUAGCAGGAGAGUUCCAGCGUUUGUUGCCAAUUGAUGGGGCAAAUGAUCUCUUUUUUCAACCACCCCCGCUGACUCCUACCUCCAAAGUAUAUACUAUCAGACCUUAUUUUCCUAAAGAUGAGGCUUCCGUGUACAAGAUUUGCAGAGAAAUGUAUGAUGAUGGAGUGGGCUUACCUUUUCAGAGUCAGCCGGACCUUAUUGGAGACAAGUUAGUAGGAGGGCUGCUUUCCCUCAGCCUGGAUUACUGUUUCGUCUUAGAAGAUGAAGAUGGCAUUUGUGGUUAUGCCUUGGGCACUGUAGAUGUGACCCCCUUCAUUAAAAAAUGUAAAAUUUCCUGGAUUCCCUUCAUGCAGGAGAAGUACACCAAGCCAAAUGGUGACAAGGAGCUCUCAGAGGCUGAGAAAAUAAUGUUGAGUUUCCAUGAAGAGCAAGAGGUUUUGCCAGAAACUUUCCUUGCCAACUUCCCUUCUCUGAUAAAAAUGGAUAUUCACAAGAAAGUCACUGACCCGAAUGUUGCUAAAAGCAUGAUGGCUUGUCUCCUGUCUUCACUGAAGGCUAAUGGAUCCCGGGGGGCUUUCUGUGAAGUAAGACCAGAUGAUAAAAGGAUUCUGGAAUUUUACAGCAAGUUAGGCUGUUUUGAAAUCUCGAAGAUGGAAGGCUUUCCAAAGGAUGUGGUCAUACUUGAUCGAAGCCUGUGACAUUGGUUGGCACUGUCAACUGUCCAAAGUCUUAGCCCUACCUUGUGGUUGGUGGUGGAGAUCUUCACACAGUUCAGUCUCUGCACGGGCAACAGAUCAGCCGGUUGAAUUGGAAACAAGAUGACUGUAGAACUCACAUCACAUUUUCAGACCGCUCACUGGUUGGAAGAAGAUAGUACUGCUGCAAAGCCUGUGUGGAAC